AUGGGGCAAUAUACUUUGCAUUACCGGAUACUACUUGUAACGGAGUGUGAUCCCAUCAAGUACUUGGUCAAUCAACCUGCUUUGGUUGGAAAACUAGCAAAGUGGCAAAUUCUCAUCUCAGAAUUCGAUGUUCAGUUUUUGUCUCAAAAAUCAGUCAAAAGACUAGUAAUUACUGAUGUCUUGGCCGAGGAUCCUAGGCCAAAUAAGGAUCUGGAUCCGCCGGAGGACAAAGUCAUGCCAAUUAAUGAGUGUGUAUGGACCAUAUAUUUUGAUGGGGCUGUAAACUUAUCAGGAUCCGGUACUAGGGCAAUUUCAAUAUCCCUAGGCGGACAACAUUAUCCUGUGGCAGUGAAAUUAAUAUUUCCUUGCACGAACAAUAUUGUUGAGUAUGAAGCAUGCAUCCUUAGGUUACAAGCUGCAAUCGAAAUGGGAGUAGCUCGACUUAAGGUGUUCGGAGAUUCGGGCCUCAUUAUUCUUCAAAUCGUUGGUAAGUGGCAAACUAGAGAUGCCAAGUUGCAGCCUUAUCAUGCCUAUUUAGAGGAGUUGGUGGAAGAGUUUGAAGACAUUUUGUUUGAAUACUUGUCGAGGACUCAAAACCAUUUGCCGAUGCUUUGGCUACAUUAUCGGCAGUGCUAUAGGUCACGAGUGGACUAG